GGACUUCCACUCGUCAAUUCUCCUCUUAACUGAACGUACGUUUAUACUUUUUUUUAAUCGAAUUUGACUAUUCGUGAAUAUACUAGCGAAACGGGCUGAGAAAUUGUAGCGUUUGGAAUUGUCGGAUCGAAUCAUCAUUUUUGGACACUUCCUUCGUUAUAAAUAGUAAGAAAAACCGCGAGGCCUCGAAUUCAUCGAUAUUUGCAGCUCAAUUAUUUCGACUGAAAGGUUAUUCUAACGGUGUGGAUUUCGAUAAAAGUCAUUUGUUGGAUGCCUCAUAUUAUAUAAUAAAUCUCAAAACAGUGCAGAAGUGUUAAGUUGUGUCCAAAAUGAUGUGGAUCUUGGCGGUUGCACUUUUAGGAGCCGCGAUGGCUCAGGAAACGACGACAGAAUCAAAUGACAGAAAACUCUAUAUCAGGAGUCUUCCUGGCUACCCUGGAUUGAGGAGCAAUUUGUACGAAGUCUACAUGGAGCCAUAUUAUUUCGCAACAGGCUUGAAGGCUGUGGUUGAUUUGAAGGCUUUGAGCAACGAGGGUAUGCCGAUGGAUGGUCCAACCGGAGUUUUGACUCUCGAACAACUGCCAAAUGGCGUCAAAAUCUCUGGCAGCAUAAAAGGCCUGACUCCAGGAAUGCAUGGUUUCCAUGUUCACGAGAAGGGGGAUCUGACAAUGGGCUGUGGCUCAGCUGGAGCUCAUUUCAAUCCGUACUUGACUUUGCACGGUGCUCCACAAGAUCCACUCCGCCACGUGGGCGAUCUGGGUAACAUCGAGGCCAAAGAAGACGGCGUAGCUGAAGUUGACAUUAUAGAUCAUUAUUUAACCUUGGCCGGGGUUCGAGGAGCGAUCGGACGGGCUCUGAUCGUUCACGAAAAACCAGAUGACCUUGGACGUGGUAACACCGAGGACAGCGCAAAAACUGGUUCAGCUGGUGCUCGUUUGGCGUGUGGUGUCAUUGGGUAUUCGUAAUCAUUACAAGUCAAACAAGCCCGGAUCAAAGACGAUGGAAAUCGAUAGAUUUCAAUGAAAUCAUGGAAACAAAUAAUGUUUGACAAUAAAUUUAUAUUGAUAAAAGAAA